AUGGAUUGUAUAGAAUGUAGAAAGGUUGGUAUUGAAGACUAUGAUUCUGUUAUGGCUAUCCGGACGGACGUCUAUGAUGGGCUGGACUACCUACCUGCCCUAUACCGGACAAUCAUGACCAAUCACACUGGGUAUGGCGUAUUCGUGAAUAAGAUUAUGGUAGGGUUUGAAUGCGUUUCUCUCAUUGAUGAUGGAGAAACAUUAAUAGCACGUGCAGCACGCAUCCGUAAAGAAUACGUAGGUAGAGGGUUGGCCUAUCAUCUGAGAAACGCCAUUACACGGGACAAUGCAAAUAAACCUAAGCUUAUACGUUCGGUGUACACAUCUGGAAACAAGACUCUCUUACAGAGAGUAGAGGAAGGAAGAGCUGAACUUGUAUUACAGAAGGCGAUCCUGUUCUACAAAGGACUAAUGUCAAAUAUCCUCCCUUUCCUGCCUACCGUUGAUAACACCAUAGUCAGGAUCCUAACCAAGGAAGACCUAAAGAAAUUGCUGUCAUCCAAAACAGACACGGACAGACUGUUCCCACAAGGAAGAAUAAUAGUUGACUGGGUACCGUAUCGUCUGUUGGCAACUAACGUUGAUCACUUCUUCAACGAAUUUUGUCACAUUUUGGGCAGUGAUUUGAAAGACGGCAAGUCAGAAGGGUUAGAAUGCAUUUCACUGGCUGUUGGGUACAGCGUACCUAAUGGAAUUCGAUACAACGUUGAACUCUACGGCAACUUCACCGAAGAAAUCCUGUCAAUUCACAUGGCGGAGCAUCUCGGGAAGUGCUCAACAUUUGGAAAAGAGAACAUCAAUUUAUUGUUACAUUAUGAACAUGGCACACAUGAUGCAGAUGUUCUAACACAAACGAUGCAUCAGUUCGGAAUGAAUGUAUCCAACAACUUUCACUCAAAAGUGAUGUAUGGAAUGGAAGAGCCUAUGGUUCCACUAUCGAAAUAUUGACUGACUUGCUAUCCUU